UGCUGUGUGUAGUAUACGUGCAUAUUUUAAUACAUUUUCUUCUGUACGCAUAUAUUUUGAUUUUCGAUCCUCAAAUGUGUCUUUUAUUUCGGUGUAAAAUUUAUAACUGUAAAAUUCCAUCCUGAAAAAGUGGGACCUGGCGACUACGCGUUUAACAGGGAAGAGAAGGGGGAAAAUAUCAAUUUUACACUCGAGAAAUAAUUUCAGAUGUCGCGUAUUAUUAAUGCGCGCACGUUUAAUCGAUCUUACGAGCGUUCGCGCGCGCGAGCAUUAAGAAUUAUGAUAAUAGUUUAAUCUCGCAUUCGUUAUUUUCACAGCUGGACUAUUGUAGAUCCUCGAUUCGGCACGAAUUCCCGGGCAAUGAAUCAUUAAUUAUCAUCCGGUAAAUGCGCGUGGACAAAAUCUUAUUCUACAGCAAAUGUUUCUUCUUCUGUGUUUGCUUUGUCUUUUAAAUUUCAGUCAAAUUGCAAUCGGGGGAGGGGAGGGAAACACACGUUUUGUAAACGAGAUUUUUUCGAAAUACUCUCUCGCGUUUCUGUCUCGGCGUACGCCGUUCACUUAAUGGCUCUUCGUUGUGCUGUCAUUAUCUCACGAACGCGGAUCUGCUGCCUUCUUUGACUUGUUUUUAUUACAUGAAGCAUAAUUGACGAGGAGGAAAGAGCCGCAUGCAGAUCGUACGUAUCGGAAGGUAACGAGUGCCAAUGCGAGUUUCAAGUGACCGACGACAGAUCCUGAGAUUGGCGAUAUAAAUGGGAAAAAAGGAGUCCUACAUGAUCUCGAGCGGCGUGAUAAAUCGCGCCUUUGUCGUAGACGAACCGGUAAAUCAGAAUGGCAUCGAAGCUAAUGGUCCCACCACUCAUGAAACUAACGCGCGGAAACCGGAGCGCCAACAAUGGGGAAACGAUAGAGAGUUCCUGCUGUCCUGCAUCGCGAUGUCGGUCGGUCUCGGUAAUGUAUGGCGAUUUCCGUUCACGGCGUACGAGAACGGCGGCGGUGCCUUUUUGAUACCGUACAUCAUCGUCCUGAUCGUCGUGGGGAAGCCGUUUUAUCUGCUGGAGAUGAUCUUGGGACAAUUCUCCAGCCGGUCAGCCGUGAAGAUCUGGGAUCUCGCGCCGGCGUUCAGAGGCGUCGGCAUCGCACAAUUUAUAACACUGGUGGCACUGGGGUCCUAUUAUUGUUCACUAAUGGCGUUGACACUGUUCUACUUCGGUGCCUGCUUUCAAGAGGAAUUACCGUGGGGAAGAUGCUGGAAGGAAUGGGGCGAGUUGUGCGUAGACUCUUCACCCGGCAAUCACAGCGCUAGACUCGAGAACGUCAGCUACACCAGUUCCGCUGAGCUGUAUUUCUACAAAGAGGUCCUACGGGAGAAAGACAACAUUGACGACGGCCUCGGUGCACCGGAUUGGCGUCUGUCGAUCACGCUCUUCGCAAGCUGGCUGACGGUCUUCCUCGUGGUGAUACGCGGCAUACGCAGCUCCGGCAAGGCGGCGUAUUUCCUGGCCAUAUUUCCCUACGUGGUCCUCAUCGUGCUGCUUGUUAGGGCGGUCACGAUGGACGGGUCUGUCACCGGUAUCCUGUACUUUAUCACUCCGACGUGGGAGAAGUUGUUGACGCCGACGAUUUGGUACAACUCCGUCGCCCAGUGCUUCUUCUCGUUGACCGUUUGCUUCGGCGCCGUCGUCAUGUUUGCCUCGCACAACAAGUUUCACCAUGAUGUGUAUCGGGAUGCGAUGAUCGUAACGACUCUGGACACCUUUACCAGUUUGCUGGCCGGCUGCACGAUUUUCGCCAUCCUGGGCAAUCUCAGCCACGAAUUGGGGAGCGAGGAUGUCGGCACGGUGGUUCGGGGCGGCGUCGGACUGGCGUUUAUCUCGUAUCCGGAAACGAUCGCCAAGUUCACGGUCGCGCCGCAGUUCUUCGGCGCCGUGUUCUUCGCGAUGCUAUUCGUCCUGGGUAUCGGUAGCGAAGUCGGCCUCGCCUCCGCCAUAAUUUCCAUCGUGCAUGAUCAGUUCCCAAAGGUCAAAUACUGGCACGUAGCGGUCGGUACCUGCCUCUGCGAGUUUUUGAUCAGUCUCAUAUACGUCACGCCGGGCGGUCAAUUCAUGAUAACCUUCGUUGAUUAUUACGUGACAUCAUUUAUCGCUUUUCUACCAGCUGCUUUCGAAAUGAUCGCUGUCGCUUGGUCGUACGGACUGGGUAACUUCUUGAACGACGUCGAGUUUAUGCUGAAGAGACGGUUGUCGAUAUUCUGGCGAGUCUGCUGGAGCGUCCUUACUCCCGGAAUUAUCCUUGCAAUCUUCGUUUAUACAUUCGCCAACCUCGAACUAUUGAAAUACAACAAGAAAUAUUAUCCUUUUCCAGUUUACGUCGUAGGUUGGAUCCUCUUCUCUAUCGCUAUUAUCCAAAUACCUUUGUGGAUCGCUAUUGCGAUAUUCAAGAAGAGACAUCUUCCUUUCCGAAAAAUGAUCAGACAGGCCUUUCGACCGUCGAAAUUAUGGGGUCCGAGCAACGCGGAAGAUCGUAGAAAAUGGCUGGCCUUCCGAGAUCAAUGCGACGCGGAAGAGAAAUGAUAUCGGGAAUGUAAAUCGUUGGCAGGUUCACUCCAAGGUCUGUUCCGUGUAAUUUUCGAGAGACGACGUUCCGACGUUUCAAUGUGUUGUCGUUGAAGUUGAUGAAGUGACUUUGCAAUAAUAACUGCCACGUGUCACAUUCACUGUUUUGCAACUGAUAUGACUUAAGUGUACAACUUACUGUUACAAUUACCGGCAUGUAUUAUAUGUCAUUAGUCAUUAUGAUGUCACGGCAACCAUACGUAAUGAUAAUAAUUAAGUGUCGUUUCUUGUGUUUUGUGCAAGUCGCAACUCACUCGUCCUUGCUACGUAUAUACCUAUAUAACUGUACAUUCUUUAAACUUUACGGAGAAUGAAAUCGUGUGAAUCUGACGAUGUGUCGCCAUGACCUAACUGACGAGUAGCACACCGUAUGCAACAAGGCGUUAAAUUAAAGUACCUUGGUGGAAAAU